AUGGGUCUUAGGAUGGAUGAUAUACAUGCGCCGACUGUGGCGUCGGGGCCCAGUAGCACACAAGCGAAUGGAGCAGAAAGAGAGAAGUUGUCGCUGCCAGAGCUCAUCGCAGAGAAGGAUCGCGUCUGGAGCGAGCUGACUGCACUGGGCUCCGUCCUAGACAGCCAUGGAGUCAACAUGAACACCCCACUGACCACAUUCGACGGCUAUCCUCGCCCUGACCUCGACAUUGCCCAGAUUCGCACGACACGCGCCCGCAUCAUCCCCUUGAAAAACGACUACAAAGACCUGAUGGCUCGUAUUGAGAAGGCCAUGCAUGCGCACUGGGAGAACGCCGCAGCAGCACCUCCGCCAGUGGCAGCAACACAACUUUCAUCUCAAAGUGCCGAAGCAACACCAGGCUCGCGCAUCGCACUAGAAGCACCUUUUGCCAAAGUAAACAGCGUAGUCGCAUCAUCACCAGCCGCAACAGCAGGUCUCAAGCCUGGCGACAAGAUUACAAGAUUUGGAAAUGUGGAUUGGAUGAAUCACGACAAGUUGAGCAAGGUAGCGCAGACAGUGCAGCAGAGUGAGGGUGUUGCCAUCACCGUCAAGGUCAUCAGGCCUGCAGCAGCAGGUGCUGGCGAGCAGAGAUUGGAAAUGCAGCUUACACCACGACACAACUGGGGAGGCAGGGGCAUGUUGGGCUGUCAUCUGUUGCCUCUGUGA